AUGGAGAGUGAUUGCUGGGACCAGGCUGCCCUCCCCUCUGUGCCUGUCUUCAAGCUGCCUACCUGCCAACUUGUGGUCAGAGCCUGGAGCCUGGCAGAGCUGUUGCAGCAAGGCACUCUUUCUGGGCUGGAACCCUCACCCCGAGAUUCUACGGACCACCCAAGUCUCAGCACAGUAGUUGACUAUAUUGUGGAGUAUGACUAUGAUGCAGUACAUGAUGAUGAAUUGACCAUUCGAGUUGGGGAGAUCAUCAGAAAUGUGAAAAAACUAGAAGAGGAAGGAUGGAUGGAAGGAGAACUAAAUGGAAGAAGGGGAAUGUUUCCUGAUAAUUUUGUUAAGGAAAUUAAGAGAGAUCCAGAACCCAAGGACGAAAAUUAUCCUUUCAAAAGAGAAAAGCCUGGAAAUGUAGCCAAUCUGGUACAGCGCAUAAGCACUUAUGGACUUCCAGCAGGAGGAAUUCAACCACAUCCCCUAACCAAAAAUGUUAAGAAGAGAGCAAAGAGGCGACUAUGUAAAGUUCUCUUUGAGUAUAAUCCACAAAAUGAAGAUGAAUUAGAGCUCAGACUGGGAGAUAUCAUUGAAAUUACUGAAGAGGUAGAAGAAGGCUGGUGGAGUGGAACUGUGAACAACAAGUCAGGACUGUUUCCCUCAAAUUUCGUGAAAGAAUUAGAGAUUACUGAUGAUGGAGAAGCCCAUGAAACUCAAGAGGAAUCAGAAGCUGUUUUUACUAGCCCUACCUCACCUUUAGGCUCUCUGGCAAAUGAGACCGAAACUGCAGCUGGGUCAGUUGCACAGCCAAAGAAAAUUCGGGGAGUUGGAUUUGGAGAUAUUUUUAAAGAAGGUUCAGUGAAGCUCCGAACAAGAAUGCCCAGUAAUGAAGUAGAGGAAAAAAAACCAGACAAGCCUUUAAAUACACAUACACUAGGAUUCAGACCACCACAGUGUCAGAGUGUAGAAGUAGCAAAGGCAGAAAUUGAAGGCAAAUAUAAAGCUAAGGAAUAUUGUAGAACAUUAUUUGCCUACGAAGGUGCUAAUGACGAUGAACUUUCUUUUAAAGAAGGGGAAAUCAUCCAUUUGAUAAAUAAGGAUACUGGCGAAGUAGGAUGGUGGAAAGGUGAACUUAAUGGUAGAGAAGGAGUAUUUCCAGACAACUUUGCUAUUCAGAUACACGAACAAGAUAAGGAUUUUCCUAAACCAAAGAAGCCACCACCCCCUUCCAAGGGUCCAGCUCCAAAGCCUGAGCCUUUAGAGAAGAAGUAUUUUUCUUCUAGGUUUGAUGAAAUGGAUGAAAAAUCAGCUAUGGAACAGAAACUUUCAAAGCCAACUGCUCCCCAGGUACCACCCAAAAAACCUACACCUCCUAACAAAACCAACAAUUUAUUAAGAUCCUCAGGGAUGAUGUACCCAAAGCGACCAGAAAAACCAGUUCCACCACCACCACCACCUUCUAUCUCUAAGUUCAAUGGGGAAGUUCCUACCUUCCUGCCAAAGACAGAAAAUGAGCCAGUAUUGAAACCAAAGUUAGAUUCUGAACAAGUACCUACUAGACCAAAAUCAAUAGACCUAGAUUCAUAUGUAAUAAGAAGCUCUAAAGAGAUAGAUGUUGUAAAUUUUGAUGACAUAGCUUCCUCUGAAAACCUUUUACAUCUUACUGCAAAUAGACCGAAGAUGCCUGGGAGGAGGUUACCUGGUCGCUUCAAUAGUCCAAUUCAAAGCCCAGAAAAAACCUUAAAGUUUCAGAAAGGUGAAGAAGAAAGUGCCAAAUUAAAGCCAACAGAAGUUAAAAAGACACCUGUGUACACAUCAGCAGCUUCAGCUUCAUCUCCUAGAGCAACUCUCCUUGGAUCAGUAGAUGCCAAAACAAAAGAAGUUGAUGAAGGGAAGAAAAAUGUACUGGAUGACCUCAGAACACAAGUGGUUGAGUUAUUGUGUGUUGUAGAAGUAAUCAAAAAGGAACAUGGGAAGGAACUGGAAAAACUACGAAAAGAAUUGGAAGAAGAGAAGGCAAUAAGAAGUAACUUGGAGACAUCUGUGUGUGCUUCAGCAGUUUCACCUUCAACUAGAAAAAAUAUUCUCACUUCAGUGAAUGUCAGAACAAAGGGAGAAAUUGAAGAUGGGAAGAAAAGCUUGAUAGAUGACCUCAGGGUACUGAUUAUUGACUUAUUGAAUGUUGUCGAAAUAAUCAGAAGGGAACAUGGAAAAGAACUGGAAAAACUAAGAAAAGAAUUGGAAGAGGAGAAGGCAAUGCGAAGUAACGUAGAGGUGGAAAUAGAAAAGCUGAAAAAAGUAGUCCUGUCUACUUGAGGGAGGUGUGAUGUUAGACUCAAUGUUCUUCUUUGGCCAGGGAUUCAUAAACGAGAAUAUGAACUGAAAACUGACUUGUUUACUUCCAAGUAACAAAAGAUUUUUGGUGUGCUAUAGGGGAAAAAAAUAAGUACAUGGGUUUUCAUAUUUACA